UUUGUCCAAGGCUGUAUGUUUUCAGAUGCAGGCAGUGGGUCAAAUUUGUUGGGAACGAAGACCUGACGAUACAUCUUCCCAUAGAAAAGUAACAUUUAUUGAAACAUGUAUGUGCAGAACAUUAUGAAAAUAAAGCUUUAAAUAAAAUAAAAAAACGACUUAAAAACUGUAUUAAAAUAAUUCGGGUCCACAUUAAGCCCGACCAGAUAUUAGUCCACUCAAAGAACUAUCCACUAUAUAACAUACAACUUACAUGUGGACUCGAUGCUAACCUGAUUUCGAGUACAAAAUUUGUAGACAGGAGCCUAUGUUUCAACCCUCCCCAUUUUAUCGAUAUCGAUAAGAAUCGCAAGCGUGUAGCUUACUACACUAUUUAAAUCGGUUAUGUUGGUAUUAUGGUUCCUUGACAGUUCUUUGUCGUAGAUUUUGGUAAUGAUUUGCGAAACAAACUGAGUCCACUCGCUAGUAUGGAAGUCCCGUCUCUUAAAACGUAGUGAUUAUAUGCUCUUUGAUAUGCUCAUGUUUUGAAUUGUGUUAUUUGUUUUGUUUUGACUUUAUUUUGUUCGGGUCAUUUUGGACUGAUAAUAUGGGCAUUAAUUAAUUUUACAGUAAUCGAAUUCAGUAACCAGCAAAGUAGAAUAAUGGCACCCGACACGAUAGAUGAUAAGGUCGAAGAGCUGCCACAAGCGCAUAACGCUCAACUUGAAGACUCGACUUCAACAGCGGGGUACCCGAGGGCUUCAGACGAUGCGAUUAAUAGAUCAAAUGAGCAAUGGCAAUUGUUGAUUCAAACUCAAAACGCCCAGAUGAUGGAAUUAAUGCGUAUGAUUAAUGAGCCGCCUCCUAAUGUUGGCAGAGGAUCACAGUCUGCAGAGUCCAUUACAUUGCCCGAAUUUAAUCCCGAAGAAGAGGGAGCAGAUGCGGUGGCAUGGUGCAAAGUGGUUGAUAUUUGCCUCGGUGAAUACCCGCUUCAAGGUGGUGCCCUCCUCAUUGCCCUGAGCAAAUCAUUAAAGGGCAGCGCCUCGACCUGGCUACCCCAGGUGACAUAUGACGGCAUCACCUGGGACGAAUUUAAAUUUAAUUUUCUCGCGUGUUACGAUUCCGAGAAUACAUGCGCGGCAACAAUGAUAAGUAUUAACAACAGCCGCCCUAAGGAAGAAGAAUCCUACGCAGCUUACGCCAGCCGGAUAGUGAACUCAUUUCUAACAAGAUGGAAGGAUUUAACACCAGAACAAAUGGCAGUUUCUUUUGUGUUAGCUCACAUUUCCCGAUUUGACAGCAGAGUUCAGAGGAUGGCUCAUAUGACAAAUAUAAUGACACGCGAGAAACUUGUCCAGGAGUUGUCAGGAUUUUCUUAUUUGAAACAUAAACUACAACCAGAUCCGGAUGAAAAUAAUGACCUAACCCCGGAAAAAACGAGUUAAAAGAGUUUCUAUUCAACGCCCUGCUAGAAAACGCAAUAACACGAAACCUAAGAAGGCUACUGCAACGUCAAGUAAGCCUCUGGACGUUGCGCCCAGUUGUUAUGAAUUACAACCAAAGUCGGAUAAAAAUAUACUUAAACUUAAAUUAGUUAAUAGUACUAUUUCUAUUGAACGGCCGGCCAGGAAGCGUAAGAGCACGAAACCAAAGACGGCUACGGCAACGUCCAGUACGCCAAUGGAUGUGAUGCCUGAGAUUUGUUAUCGUUGCGGGGAGGGGGGUCACAACGCCAUUGAGUGCCCGAAGGCGAGUGGCACUGCCAGCGCCCUUUUAGAGCCGGGACCCGGUAGCUCGGCCAGUGCACAGAGCCAAAUAGACACCAGUAAACAGGACUGUGUGUGCUGUGGGUCACAACCUGUCACGAGAACCCUACGUCAGCCAGAAUUAAUAAGCCACACGGAUUUGCUCGUGGGUUCGUCCUCGACAGCUACGAAUGGUACCAUAUAUAUAAAGAUUUCGACAGAAGGCAAAAACCAUAACGUGCACCAGUCAAACGGGGAAGAUGUGAUGCCCGCAGUUUCACGUCUAGAAGAUUCGUCGUCAGUAGCACAAAAUAACAUGGUAUACAUAGAUUUAGAUACAGAAGCAAAUCAAGACUUAAACCAAGUAAUCGAGGAGACUAAGGCAAUUGACAAGUAUGUCGAAGACAUAAAUCAGAACGUAAUCCAAGCAAAUGUGGAAAAUGAGGCAAGCGAUGUGUAUGCCGAGUUAGUCCUUUUAGAGCAGCGCGCGCUGGUUUUAAAUGCUGAAGAGAUAGAGUGUGGAGUGUGCAUGGACAAUUAUCAACCUGGUCAAGGGGUGGUUCUUAGAGAAUGCGUUCACGCGUUUUGCAAAGAGUGCCUCUCAGAUGUCGUGAAGCACUCCGAAGAGCCAGCAGUUUCAUGCCCCGCCAUGGGAUGCCCUGGGUUUCUGGAGGAGCGGGAAAUCCGCGCACUUGUAUCUCCAGAGGAAUAUGAGCGAUGGCUGGCGAAAGGGCUGGCUGCCGCGGAGAGCGGCGCUCGAAACGCAUUUCAUUGUCGAACCGCCGACUGCCAGGGGUGGGCGAUGUGUGAUCCAGAUGUUACAAGGUUUCUCUGCCCUGUUUGCGAUGUCAUAAACUGCGUUAUCUGUCAGGCGAUUCACGAGAAUGAAACUUGCGAAGAGCAUCUCGCCAAGCAAAAAUCUGACGAAAAGACAAAAACAUACCUCGAUAGCUUGCUGUCGCGCGGAGAAGCAAUGCAGUGUCCACAAUGUAGUGUAAUUAUAACAAAGCAGUUGGGGUGCGACUGGAUCAAGUGUACGGCCUGUAAGACGGAGAUCUGUUGGGCCACGCGCGGCCGGCGCUGGGGCCCGCGCGGCCGCGGCGAUACGAGCGGCGGCUGCCGGUGUCGCGUCAAACGGAAGAAGUGCCAUCCUUCUUGUCGCGAUUGCCAUUAGUUUAGAAUAUUAUAGUUUGACCAACCGUCGUGUUACUAGAAAGAAAGUGUGAUAUUUAAGACGGAGCGUAAAGCCAGGAAAUUAGAAAGAAUAAAAAAAAUCCUUGGUCUUUCA